GAUACCUACAUGCAUAUGAGGGAAGUAAUCUAUAUAUUACAGUAGGGUUCCCGUUUACAUUCAGAUGCAAUUAAGCAUGUGUGUUGAUUGAGAUUCAAGUAUAUUGUACGUGUUACAAUGUCUACAAAACGUGCCAAAAAAUAGCACACGUAUCUCAAGUGUGUGCGUCUUCACCUCUUUGCCCCUAACAAGCAUGCUGGUGAGAGCGGGUGCCAAACCGUCCACCACUUUACCCAGCAUAGCCGCAGCCAGUCGCACAGUCUUCCUGUGAUUGAAGAAAACAUGAAUGGGCACAUCGUACUCACUUGUGUAACUAACUGAUCACUCAUUUACAUGUACACUUCAACCUCAGUAAUAUACACUCUUCUGCUUCCCAUCUGCAAAUGCAGCUUUUGCAGCUAUAACUUAAUUAGCGGGCGAGUAUUGGGAACCAUAUAAUUAUUUCUGCCAUGUACGGUCAGGGGACUAAUUUUAGGUGCAUGGGACCAUCAAUGGUGCAUCAAUGGUGUUACAGUACGUUCCACUGUAUACAUCAUCGUCAUGUACAUGUACACUGCAGCUUUAGUGUGACAAUCUGUCACAAUGGGUCUCACUAAUGCAAUUUUAGAACGUCAUGGCUCCUACUUUUGGGCCUCAGACAUUCCUCUGCUAAUAUAAACGGAGGUCAUAAUUAUGUACUUAUACCACACUUGUGUCACCACUAAUUGAUCUCAUUGGUCAACAGCUGUAUAAUACAUAGAAAAUAACAUACAGCCCCAGGUUUCAAGGUGUUUUUUUUAGAAAGUAAGCAAAGAAAGGAAGCUGCUCUCUAACAAGAUGGCUAAGCCUCCAUGGGUCCAUGGGUGUAGUUUAGAUACAUUUAUCCCAAGAAGAGGUUGCAACUCCAGUAAGGGACGUCAAAUGGUAAACGCUUGGACCAAGGAGGCUUUUGAAUAUCUGUAGGAGUCGACCUGUUGCUCAACUGGACGGCUACAAAAUCUACUGUGGAGCUACAUGAGCUAGCUAGGUUCAGCUAGCUGGAAGCCAUGCAUAAACUUUGACCAGACCCGCCCACCACUAAAUGCAGCUGCGAGGUUUGUACAUGUAGCUAGCUAGCUACCUGUACUGUAGCUCUGAACUAGUCUGUUAUUGUCAACAACACCACAGUCUACUUGUAAUCCUCUACUUCUGAGCCACAGCCUUGACUACUGACUGAGCACAGAGCAAGAAUUUGACUAUACAGGCUUCAGCUAGUUCAGUUCAAUACUGUCAAGCUUACACAACAUUUUUGAAUUUUAUUGCGUGCAAUGUACCAAAUUUUGUCAAGAUGCAUCGUAUCAAUUCAAAUCUGGUGAGGAAGUAGAUUAUAAGAAUAGUGCCUGGGGGAAGUAAUUAUAUAAUAUAAUUACUGGACAUCACCUAGGACACGGACUGAAUCAGUAAAUAAGUUAUAGAUAGUACAUGGGCAUGAGGUAUCUAUGUGUUAUAGUGUCCCAUAUCACGAGGGCUUGCCCGAGGGAUGAGGGACACUAUAACCAUAGAUACCGAAUGCACAUGUGCUAACUGAUUUAGAUCCCACUUUUCAUUGGCUGCCUCAGGCAAGAAGUUGUAUCUAUAAAAGCAGCAAGCCUUAGCAAUAGCUUUAUUUUUGAAAAUGUCCUGUUCUGACAAGCUAGUCUAGAUGAUUUCUGCUAAAAAAAACCUUUGCAUUGGCCUUGCUUCAACAUUGGAAUGGACAAACUAGUGACUCCACCUUGUGCAGGAAGCGCUCUGCAACAAAUGAGCCCAGCCUCCUCUUUAUCUGCACUCAAGCCCCACCCCAGCUCAAGCUUCUCAGUAAACUGUUCUGAUAUGUACGGCUAGCUAGCAAGGAACAGCUUGCAGCAAUGCUACAGUGCACUAUCGUUCCCAAAAAGACACAGGAGUCUACUGCAAUUUGAAACAUGGCUGCAGGAUAGAAACAGAAGUUAGGAGGAGAAAUGCUACAAGUUGAAGACAUGCUUUCAUGCUUGUGACAAUGGACCCAGAACUGUUAAAAUCAUUGGCUCUUAGUGUUCCUCGACAAGAAAAGAUACUGGUGAACCCUACCAUCAACCCAGCAAACGCUAUAGAAACUGGUAGUGAAAAAACUGAACAGCCAUAGCUAGCUAAUUAUCAUGCAGCUACAGCUUUAUUAUCAUUUCUGUACAUUCAAAAAUAGUAUUUGUACUUUAUACCCUCAAGCUUAUAAUUCCCUGGGAAACUAUGAGAUUAUGGCUCAUAAUUCCCUGCUAAACACACACAAGUGGGAUCUAAGUCAGAUAUACCACACCAGGAUAUGCACCCCAUAAUAUAUCCUCCUCUUAGGUGUGGUAUAUCCUAUACAAAUGGAGCUGCGUAGGAACAGACUUUGUGGUAAUGGUUAUGGUUCUACUUGGCUGAAAUGAUUUAGACUCCUUACAUCAUGUCGAAAAUGAAUUUCAUGUGGAGGAAAUGCACUACAUUAGUUAUUGUAAUCACUCUUAACAUUACUGUAUUAAUGAUGCCUGGGACAGUUGUACCUACGUCCUGAAUUGAAAGAAAAGUUCAUAAUAAUACUUUAAUCAUUCUUCCGUUUUACGCAGCCACAAUACAACAAUGCAUACUGUAUAAUAUUGAUGAUGCCUGGGACAGUUGUGCCUACGUGCUGAAUUGAAAGAACAACUUUCAGAAGUUUAUAAUAGAUCAUAACACUAUACUUUAACUUUUAAUCAUUAUUCAGUUUUAGCAGCCACGAUACAACAAUGCAAGCAUGAGAGUCCUGAAUUUUGACAGAUGUAGCAAGUACAUCAUUUGGAUCACGUAUCUCGUGACACUAUGUGCUGGUAGUGAGUACUGGGUGAGACAAAACUCCACUGUGGACUGCCCAGCUGCUGUUCUCAACGAAAGGUGUGUCACUAUAUUUGAUAUGGCAAGAAACAACUCAAAAUAUUUUGUUUCGAACACUAUAAUCAACUUUCUUUCUGGCGUGCAUAUUAUUAAUGCGGACAAUGGCACUGCAACAGCAGGAGUAUGGAUUGGUACUAUAGACUCGGUAUUUACUGGUCAACGUACCACUAACAUCACACUUAUAGGAAGCCAGAGUGGGAAUACUGUCAUUCACUGCAAUAGUACACAAGUUGGGUUUUCAUUUCUAAAUGUAGUUAACGUGAUUAUCUCGCAGCUCAAGAUUCAACACUGUGGAUUUGAUAUUAUGAAAAACAAUGGUUAUGAGCACAUGAGUGAACACUACCUUGUACCUUCGACAAUAGCAUAUGCAACUUUACUAAUUGUGAAUGCUUCGCAUGUCAUGAUUCAAGGUGUAGAUAUCUUAAAUAGCACUGGGAUUGGCUUGCUAGCUCUUGAAAUGCGUGAUGAAUUUAUAGUUGAGCGAUGUAAUUUUCAAGGCAACUGUGAUAACAGUAUAGUGAAUGCUCUAGGAGGAAAUGCUUACAUUGAAAUGGCUUACAAGGAAUGCUCACUAACCAUUCAGGAAUCUCGAUUUUCAGAUACCCUGGCUACAAAGGAAAUAAGCCUGAACAGGGGGGAACAUGAAGUAGUUAAAGGUAACUUUAGCAACAAAAUAGUUCAACAGAUAAAAUCAUUGACUGAGAAUUCCCUGAGAAAAGGGUAUCACUCGCUAAAGCUCUCAGAUCAGCGAUCAGCAGGACUGACUAUAGAUGCUGGGGGAGCAAAUGUAACGAUUAUAAACUGCAGAUUCAUCAAUAACACAGCCCAAUCAGGAGCACAUUUACUGCUAGGAAUCUCAGAAUCACCAAGCAUCACAGUGAAAAAUUGCUCAUUUUUGAGAGGUACCUCAUUAAGGAACCGAGGAGGAGUGUGCAUAACAUACAUUGGUAAAAUCAAACCGGUCCAUUAUCUUACAAACAAUAUCCAGAGGCUUAACCUGAGUAUUAACCUCACUGAUUCUUUGUUUAAGAAUCAAUUUGGUGGGGCUAUAUGUGUUGAAUUUAAACAAGACGGCCCAAACCUCGAUCAUAAUUCUAAAGUUAGGCUUGUGAUGCAGAACAUUGUAUUCACUGAUAACAUAGCUACACGAGGGGCUGCACUUCAACUUAGCAUUAGAUCGGUGUUCCCAUAUGCUAACAUUUCAGUUGUCGACUGUCAAUUCAAUAGGAAUGCGGCAUUGAACUAUGGUGGAGCAAUAUUUUGGUGGACAGAAACGACAAAAACUUAUAGCGGAAACUUCACAAUCUUAUCAUCAAAUUUUUCCACCAACAUUGCUGAUUCUGGGUCAGCAGUAAGUUUAACGUCUACACAUAGCCACCAGAAGGGUAUGCCUGUAUACAUACACAACUGUAUUUUUAACAAUCACAGUACAUCUGCCAACGAUGACACUGGUGUUGUAAUACAAGUGACAACUACACGAUUAUUUUUAUCAGAAUCAAAAAUAUCGGACAACAUAUGUAGAGGUAUCUAUUUGAUUCACGAGUCAACUCUUCAAAUCUGUGGUAAUGUCUGGAUCACACGAAAUCAAGCAAAAGCUGGUGCUGGAAUAUUUUUCGACUGUCUUCCUGUAAAAUGCUCCACGUCAACAGACGUUAGCCAAUUAAAACUGGAAAAAUAUGCACAAUUGUACAUCAACGACAACAUUGCUAGUGAUUACGGAGGAGGGAUGAUAGUCAAAACCGGGCCCCAAAUGUGCUUUUUUCAAGUAGCAGACACUGACCCAAAAUCUCUAGGGAAAAUACACAUGAGUGGUAAUUCUGCAGCCAUUGCAGGCACAGCAAUAUACGGAGGGGAUCUUGACCAAUGUUUCUUGAGAGCGACUAAAGAAACCCUGCGUGCAGAAUUAUUUUGGACCAUAUUUAAUAUUACUGAAAGAUACACUGCACCAUCACUACUUGCUUCACAACCGUACAAAGUCUGUUUCUGCAAUAUCUCGAUUCGACACAAUUGUGUGUCUCAAUUCAGUGUUAAAGUGUUCCCUGGCCAGGCAUUUCAGGUUCAGGUGAUUGGAGUUGGACAGUACAACUAUUCCUCGCCCUCAGUCAUACGAGUUGUGGUUCCACCAGGAGUCGAAGUAGGUAAACAACAAGUAGCACAAGAAGUCAAAACAUACUGCACAUCACUUUUGUACACACUACAAACCCUUGAAAAGAGUAUCGCCUUUGAGCUGUUUGUAGAAACCCCAUUUUCAUUGAUUUCUUAUUUACCAGCGGCAGAACCUGCUACAGUGGUUGCUACAAUCUUAGAUUGUCCUCUUGGAUUUCACCUUCAAAAGAAGUCUCAGACAUGCGAUUGCUUGCCACAACUUAUAAGAAAAGGUGUCACCUGUGAUAUUGACACACAAACAGUUGGUCGAUCGAAUUCACUCUGGAUUGGAAAUUACUCAAAUAAUGUGGUUGCCCACAAUAACUGCCCCUUUGAUUACUGCAACCAAAGCACAAUGAGCUUCAGACUGUCUAAUCAAGAUGAUCAGUGUAAUUGGAAUCGAAGUGGAUUACUUUGUGGAGCGUGUAAAGAUGGAUUUAGCAUUAUGUUGGGAACGUCAAAGUGUCAAAAGUGUUCAAAUACCUAUCUAUUGCUCUUGAUACCAAUUUUGCUUGCUGGAUUUGGUCUGGUAAUUUUCUUAUUGAAAUGUAACUUUACAGUAUCAGUAGGAACAAUAAAUGGACUGAUAUUCUAUGCCAACAUCAUUCAAGUUAACAAAAACAUUUUCUUUAGCUCACAUCCACCUGGAAUUAUGUCUACCUUGUCGUAUGUUCUCUCUUUGCUUAUAGCAUGGAUAAAUUUAGACCUGGGAAUUGAGGUUUGCUUUGCAAAUAAUUUGGGAACAUUUGGCCACACAUGGCUACAGUUCUUGUUCCCUAUCUAUAUUUGGUGCAUUAUCGGACUACUGAUCAUAGUGUGCAGAUACUCGACUACUGUCUCCAGGCUUGCUGGCUCCAACACAGUGUCUGUUCUAGCUACUUUGUUCCUGCUCUCUUAUACCAAGCUUCUCCGGACCACCCUGAAUGCAUUCUCUCUCUUAGUCAUCACUGACCCCAAUGACACUGCUCAUCUGAGGUGGCUCCUAGAUGCCAACUACGGGUACCUACAAUGGCCUCAUCUUGGUCUGUUCUUAGUCGCCCUGUUCACACUAGUGUUUCACCUCAUACCAUUCACUGUACUGCUUUUGCUUGGCCCCGCACUUCAAGCCCACACCAACUAUAGAGCACUAGCCUGGGUAAACAAAAUCAAGCCAUUCCUGGAUGCAUACCAUGGUCCUUACAAAACCAAGUAUCGCUAUUGGACUGGGCUCAUGCUGUUUGUACGAGUGUUUCUGAUGACUGUUUUUGCUGCUAAUGCCCUUGGUGACCCAAAAAUCAACCUGCUAACAAUUAUGAUAACUACGUUAGUGCUGCUAAUAGUAUGGAUAAAGGUGGGGAGAAUCUAUCGAAAAUCCCCAGUUAAUGUGCUCGAGCUAGUAUAUUUAAUCAACAUAGAGAUAUUUGCAAUGAUUACUUUCUACCUUAAAAAUGGAAGCAACACCGAAGGUCAGCAACAAAUACUCAGCUUGAUUGCAGUAGGAAGUGCUUUUGUGGUGUUUAUAAUAGUUUUAAUAUGCCAUUGUUAUACAAAACUGGUACAGACUAAGAUAGUUAGGAAACUGCAUAAGAAAGUGAAACGUAACAUCCAAUUGCAGAAUGUUCAACCAGAAGAGCCACAAAUGAAAGCUAGGUCUAUGUCACCUACAAGAACGGAAAUCAACCUGAGGGAGUUGCUUCUAGCUGAACAAUGAGUCAAAAUUAUUCAAAAUUAAUAUACACCUUAGAAAACUCUAAACUACAUUGCUUUAGUAUUCAGUAGGUGUUAUUUUCUUUUCUAUGCACAGUAUAUAGAGUAUAGGCAACUUGAAUGUGUGAGCUGCAACUAACACGUACUGUAUCAUCUUUAGCUUGCAAAAAUCAACAAUUCGACUAGUACAUGUGGUUGGUGACAUGAUUAUACAUGUAGCAGGUGAAUUUUCAAGGGUUAAAAUUUUUUUGCACAGAUUGGCUAUUUUGGUGAAUUGGGUAUAAUAUUUUAUUUUCGAGGAUAACCAGUUUUUUUUUAGUGGACUUGAACAUGCAUUUUCGCGGUUAAAAAUUUCGCGAAAUCUAUAAAAAAAAAUUAACGAGUGUUCAAGCUAAUGCCUCUCGCCAUGUUAUGCUUUCACUCAAAAAGUAUUAGUAGUUUCUAUAAUGAAUUUUACAUUAAAGUUAGCUUAUCAAUAUAAACUCACUGAGAAGAAAAGACUUAUUUACAU